UUCUCAAUUUGUUUGUUCCGGGAAGAAGUCUUCUCACUUCGUUCCGUCGUUCGCAGUUUCCACAAUUUAACAAUAGCCAAUGGAUUAUGAUGAGGUUGGCACUUUCACUGUCAUUGCGAAUUGCUUGGAAUUUUCAACCGCUGCAGUUGUCCCUCUUUAUAUUUUAGAUCCCCUCUCUCUCUCUCUCUCUCUCUCUCUCUCUCUCUCUCUCUUUCUCUCUUGAGCUCGUCAGAAUGGCCGUCACCGAUUUUUUCGUGGGUGAAAUAGCGACGGAGCUCCUAAAGCAGCUGUUUAUGUUAUCUGCCAAGGCAUGCCGUUACAAAGGCACCGCCGACAAGCUCAUAAGCAUGAUCAAGGAUAUUCAACCGACGAUCAAGGAGAUCCAGUUCGGCGGCGUGGAGCUGCCUGCUCAUCGCCAGGCUCAAAUCCGUAUGCUCUCUGAAACCCUAGAGAAGGGCAAGAAACUCACGGAUAACUGCAUAAACUGCCGCCGCUGGAACAUUGGUCGACAGAUAUACCUUGUUAAGAAAAUGGAGAAGCUCGAGAAGACGAUCGAUGCUUUCUAUAGGGGUCCCAUUUUGACUAACAUUCUCGCCGAUAUUCAUCUUCUCCGGGCCACUUCCGAUGUGCGUUUGGAUCGUGUUGACAGGAGUCUCGAGAGGGUGAUUGAGCAAGUGGGUUCCAUGAAAAUUGGGGGCGGAGGGUUGAUUAGAGAGGCGAUGAAGAGAGCCGAGGCUAUGGAGAUUGAGACCAACGACGAUUUGGAGAAAUUUGGGGUUGGCUUGGAAUUGGGAAAGAUCAAGGUCAAGAGGAUGAUCUUCCAAGCUCAAGGAGGGGUUUUUGGCAUCAGCGGGAUGGGCGGUGUUGGUAAAACCACUCUUGCCAGAGAGCUUGAAAGGGACAAUGAAGUCCGAUGUCACUUCGAGAACCGGAUCUUGUUUCUGACUGUUUCACAAUCUCCGCUUCUUGAUGAGCUGAGGGCACAUAUAUGGGGUUUUUUAUCUGGUUGUGAAGAUGUAAAUCCUGUUCCAGACUGCAAUAUCCUAUUUGAGGGCGCUCGGAAGCUCGUGAUUCUUGAUGAUGUUUGGACCACACAAGCUCUGGACCGCCUUACGUCCUUUAAGAUUCCUGGUUGCACAACUCUUGUGGUCUCACGAUCCAAACUCACUGAGCCUAAAUCCACUUAUGAUGUCGAAGUACUAAGUGAAGAUGAAGCAAUCUCUCUCUUCUGUCUCUGUGCAUUCGGUCACAAAUCUGUCCCUUCUGGUUUCUGCAGCAAUCUGGUUAAGCAGGUUGCUAAUGAGUGUAAGGGUUUACCUUUGGCUCUCAAAGUUACAGGCGCUUCAUUAAAUGGCAAACCCGAAAAAUAUUGGCAGGGCGUAUUGCAGAGGUUAUCAAGAGGUGAACCUGCUGAUGAAAGUCACGAGAGUAGAUUGCUUAAUCAAAUGGAAGCUAGUCUGGAAAAUCUCGACCAAACAACCAAAGAGUGUUUCUUGGAUCUUGGCGCAUUCCCUGAAGACAGGAAGAUUCCUCUUGAUGUUCUCAUCAACAUGUGGAUUGAGAUACAUGAUAUAGAGGAAGGGAAUGCUUUUGCCAUUCUUGUUGAUUUGUCACACAAGAAUCUCCUUACUCUUGGGAAGGAUCCACGGCUUGGCUCUUUGUACGCAAGCCACUAUGAUAUAUUUGUGACACAGCAUGAUGUUCUGCGAGAUCUAGCACUUCAUCUUAGCAACAUAGGGAAAGUAAACAGAAGAAAGCGGUUGCUGAUGCCAAAAAGAGAGUUAGAGCUCCCAAGAGAAUGGGAAAGGAACAGUGAUGAGGAAUACAAAGCCCAGAUUGUCUCUAUCAAUACUGGGGAAAUGAAUGAAAUGCAAUGGUUUGACAUGGAGUUUCCCAAGGCAGAGAUUCUAAUACUGAAUUUCUCUUCAGACAAAUAUAUUCUUCCGCCUUUUAUUGCAAAGAUGAGCCGGCUUAGGGUCCUAGUGAUUAUCAACAACGGCAUGUCCCCUACAGCUCUCCACGACUUUUCAAUAUUUGCCAAUUUGUCGAAAUUAAGGAGUCUCUGGCUCGAGAGGGUUCAUGUCCCUGAACUCUCCAAUGCAACCAUUCCCUUAAAAUAUCUCCACAAGAUGUCUCUGAUUCUGUGCAAGAUCAAUAACAGUUUUGAUCAAACCGGAGUUGAUGUCUCCAAUAUUUUCCCAAACAUGGGUGAUCUAACGAUCGAUCACUGUGAUGAUCUCGUGGCACUACCUUCAAGCAUCUGUGGACUGGCCUCUCUUAAUUCCUUGAGCAUAACGAAUUGCCCACGCCUCAGUGAAUUGCCCAAAAACCUCAGUAAGCUACAAGAUCUUGAACUUCUAAGGCUAUAUGCUUGCCCCGAGUUAAAGGCAUUGCCUGGAGAAAUCUGUGAGCUGACCGGGCUUAAGUACCUCGACAUCUCACAAUGUGUCAGCCUGAGUUGUCUUCCAGAGGAGAUAGGAAAGUUAACGAAGCUUGAGAAGAUCGACAUGAGAGAAUGUUGUUUCUCCGGUAGACCAAGGUCUGCUGUUUCAUUGAAGUCUCUACGCCAUGUAAUAUGCGAUACAGACGUUGCAUUUAUGUGGGACGAAGUUAAGAAGGCCGUUCCAGGGUUGAAGAUCGAAGCUGCUGAGAAAUGUUUCAGUCUAGAUUGGCUCGAUGAGUAGUAAAUGAAUCGUAAACCCUCUUGUAUAAAUUGUAAACUCAGAGUCGGUAAACCCGAUUGUAUAAAGUGUAAACUCAUUGUCAGAGUCAAUAUAGUUAAACAAAUUGUACAUAACAAUAAACCAGAGAACUUGUUACUUGCCCCCACAAUGUAAAUAAUUCCUAAAUUCAAUU